CUCUCCUACUGCUCUUUGGCAGGCUUCAGCUAGCUCUGCUCCACCUUGGUCACCUCUCAGCUGCCUCCCCUGAGUCCCCGCCAUGUCUCCUUUGCACCAAGUUCCUGCUGCCCCCAGGCCCCUCCCUGGGAUUCCCUUUUGGGUGGAAAUGUGGGAAGCCCUUGGCUCCUGUGGCCCUGUUCCCUCAUUCUGGGAUCAGCUCACCAUGGUGAGACUGACAAUUGGCUGUGUUUUCUCCCGGGGGGUCACUCUGAAUCCCAGCUCCUUUGCUCCCAUCCCUGCACAAACGAAUCUUUAAAGGCACUGAACCAAAGUUUCCCAGGAACAAAGAGCAUCAUUCAUUCAUUCAACUCUCAGCCAUUCAACAAAAUGUUUCCUGAGCACCUUCUAUAUGCUAGUCACUGUGCUAGGCCUAUGGUACAGCAUGAACAAAAUGAACAAAAGGAGCAGAGACGGCCCAGACAGGACUGGAAAUGGAAGGCUUAGAAGCACAAGGCCAUCUGGAGCUCCCAGACACAGAUCGCCAAGCCUAGGCACAGGGUCCAAUGCCUCCUUUUAUAGCCAAAGAAACUCUCGGUCCCAGGAAUUUCUCCAGCCCAUUCUCAUGGCCAGCAGGAUCUGCCUGAGCUUUCCUGACCACUGGCCUCCUGCCAGCAGCCCACAAGUAUGAGUCUCACGUGACUCCCAAGGUCACCUCAUGCUCUUGCUGACAGGGGCCAGCCUGCAUCUGUGGGCUUAGUUCUGCCACUUCCCAGGCUGGGACUUGGAGAAGUCUCUGCCACCCCAAUUUACUAAUCUGUAAAAUGGACAACCUGACUUCCGUGUGUCCUCAUCGGGUUACGGGAGGGCAGAAUGAGAGACAGGAGCACACCUGGCAGGCACGCUAUCCCUGCAGGUGUUUUCUUCACACCUGUCUUCCAUUUUCCUUGGUUUUGCCCCCCCCCAGGCUCCUGCAGAAGCCCCCACCCUUAAACCACGACCCCCACCUCAGCCCACCCCACCCUGCCAGGCUGACCCGCUUUCUGUUCUCAGAUAAUGGAAAAGAAUCCUGGUCCUUCUGAAGAGCUCUCCUCCCCUCUUGGAAAGGCCCCUGGAUCCUUCCUGGUCCUGUGCUCCGGGAUGGAGCCUGAAACGGCGCUGUGGGGUCCGGACCUGCAGGGUCCUGAAGAGACCGCAGACGAUGCUCACGGAGGUGCCGAGAGUGAGGACGAACCAGAGAGCCCUCAGCAGGAGAGUUCUGGGGAGGAGGUCAUCUUGGGAGACCCAGCUCAGAGUCCAGAGUCCAAGGACAUACAGGAGACGCCCCCCGAGAGCCCCUCCCAGGACUCCUCAGCCUCUCAGGACCCCCCACUGGGUCCCUCCAACCCCUCAGACCGCCAGACCCCUCUGGAUCCUGAAGCCCCUGAGGUGGUCCCUGCGCCGUCUGACUGGACCAAGGCCUGUGAGGCCAGCUGGCAGUGGGGGACCCUCCCCACCUGGAACAGCCCCCCAGUGGUCCCUCCCAAUGAGCCCAGCCUGCGGGAACUGGUGCAGGGUCGCCCCGCAGGGGCCGAGAAGCCCUACAUCUGCAACGAAUGUGGCAAGAGCUUCAGCCAGUGGUCCAAGCUGCUGCGACAUCAGCGCAUCCACACAGGCGAGCGGCCCAACACCUGCUCGGAGUGCGGCAAGAGCUUCACCCAGAGCUCACACCUGGUGCAGCACCUGCGCACGCACACGGGCGAGAAGCCCUACAAGUGCCCCGACUGCGGCAAGUGCUUCAGCUGGAGCUCCAACCUGGUGCAGCACCAGCGCACGCACACGGGCGAGAAGCCCUACAAGUGCGGCGAGUGCCGGCGCGCCUUCUACCGCAGCUCCGACCUCAUCCAGCACCAGGCCACGCACACGGGCGAGAAGCCCUACAAGUGCCCGCAAUGCGGCAAGCGUUUUGGCCAGAACCACAACCUCCUCAAGCACCAGAAGAUCCACGCCGGCGAGAAGCCCUACCGCUGCACAGAGUGCGGCAAGAGCUUCAUCCAGAGCUCGGAGCUGACCCAGCACCAGCGCACACACACGGGCGAGAAGCCCUACGAGUGCCUCGAGUGCGGCAAGAGCUUCGGCCACAGCUCCACGCUCAUCAAGCACCAGCGCACGCACCUGCGCGAGGACCCCUUCAAGUGCCCGGUGUGCGGCAAGACCUUCACCCUGAGCGCCACCCUGCUGCGGCACCAGCGCACGCACACGGGCGAGCGGCCCUACAAGUGCCCGGAGUGUGGCAAGAGCUUCAGCGUCAGCUCCAACCUCAUCAACCACCAGCGCAUCCACCGCGGCGAGCGGCCCUACAUCUGCGCCGAUUGCGGCAAGAGCUUCAUCAUGAGCUCCACGCUCAUCCGCCACCAGCGCAUCCACACGGGCGAGAAGCCCUACAAGUGCUCCGACUGCGGCAAGAGCUUCAUCCGCAGCUCGCACCUCAUCCAGCACCGCCGCACACACACCGGCGAGAAGCCCUACAAGUGCCCGGAGUGCGGCAAGAGCUUCAGCCAGAGCUCCAACCUCAUCACGCACGUGCGCACGCACAUGGACGAGAACCUGUUUGUGUGCUCCGACUGCGGCAAGGCCUUCCUGGAGGCGCACGAGCUGGAGCAGCACCGGGCGGUCCACGAGCGGGGCAAGACCCCCGCCCGAAGAGCUCAGGGGGACUCCAUGCUGGGGCGCGGGGACUCCGCCCUGCUGACCCCGCCGCCCGGAGCCAAACCCCACAAGUGUCUGGUCUGCGGCAAGGGCUUCAACGACGAGGGCAUCUUCAUACAGCAUCAGAGGGUGCACAUCGGAGAAAACCCCUACCGGAACGCGGACGCGCACGCCCCACGCCCGGCCACCAAGCCGCCUCAGCUCCGGCCGACAAGGCUCCCCUUCCGAGGGAACUCCUAUCCGGGCUCUGCGGAGGGCAAAGCUGACCAUCCAGGCCAGUCCCUCAAAGUGCCAGAGGGUCAGGAGGGCUUUGGCCCAAGGCCAGGGCCGCCCUCGUCCAAGUCCUACAUUUGCUCCCACUGUGGAGAAAGCUUCCUGGAUUGCGCUGUGCUUCUCCAACAUCAGCUUACCCAUGGCAAUGAAAAGCCUUUUCCCUUUCCCAAUUACAGGACUGGUGUAGGGGAAGGGGCAGGGGCAGGGGCAGGGGCAGGGCCCAGUCCCUUCCUAAGUGGGAAACCCUUUAAAUGCCCCGAGUGCAAGAAAAGCUUUGGUCUCAGCUCUGAGCUGCUGCUGCACCAGAAAGUCCACGCAGGCAGGAAACCCCAGAAGGGCUCUGAGCUGGGGAAGGGCUCUUCUGCCCUUCUGGAGCACCUCAGGAGCCCUCUGGGGGCCAGACCCUACAGCUGCUCCGACUGCGGGGCCUCCUUCCCCGACCGGCCGGCCCUGGUUCGGCACCAGGAAACACACACCCGAGAAAAGUCCCCUAGAUCUAAGGACCCCCUGCCAGAGCCAGCUACCCUGUCUACAAGCCAGAAAGGUGGGGGAGAGGGAGCAGGGAGCAGCGGCCACAGGGAAGGGGAAAGCCCCAAAAGGCUCUCAGAGGACAAGCCCUAUUUGUGUGCUGAGUGUGGAGACAGCUUCACAGAAAUCACAGCCUUCUUUCUCCAUAGGAGCUGCCACCCCAGCAUCUCCCCGUGAAAGGGUCUGGAGCCCAGGGACCUCUCUCCUGAGAGGAACACUGGAGCCCCCCAAAAUCAUGUGGGAAAAGGAGGACAACCUUUUCAGAGUGUAGAAAAGUGGAAGAGAAUGAACCCUGGGAAAAACAGUGUUUUUACAUCAGUCAUGAGAAACCCUACACAGUUAUUGAUGGGAAUCACUUAUAAGACAGUAGAAAAAACUGUUGGGUUAGAAACCCUAUAUAUAGGACAAAAAAAAAAAGCCCUUUAAGUUUGUAGCAGAAAAACCCUAUAAACCAUAGUGGAUAAAAGCUCUAUUAAUUGUAGGAAGAGGUCCCAGUAAGUCUCUAGGCAACCCCAUAACACUAUCAAAAUCCUUGUGGAACUCCUUAUCAAUUUCUAGAGGGUCAGGAAGGGCAGGGAAUACAACAUGGCCUUGAAUUAGGAGGGCAUCCCUUGAAAGCUGUGGGAAACGCACCAGCACGCCUGCCCCGAAGUGCCCUCUCUGCAUGAGGGUGGGAGGGAGGCUUCUCCCAGCAGCCAUGGACAGUUACACUGAGGAAAGUCUCAGCUGAAGAAUAGUGUGGGAAUAGGUGGAACUGGAAAAGGAAGAAAACAGGAGGAAAAAAAGUGAUGAGGCACUUUUGAACCCACAGAGAAAAGAGACUGGGAAGACCAAAAGUUCAGCUUGCUGCAUGGGGGGUUCCUGGGCAAGAGGUCAAUCGUAGAAUUGUACGUGUGUGAGGGAAGAGCCCCAUGGAACCAUUACCACCAAGACCCAAGGAUGAGGAAGGAAAAAAUUAUGUCAAACCUUUUAAAGGCUGAAGUUUGGGGUGGAUUUUUUUAAAAUACUUUUUGAGUGUAAGAAUACUGAGAAGCCACCACAAAAAUGAGGGGGAUUUCCAUUAGAUUUGCUUGGAAGGAAGCAGACCAAGGUCGGGAAACUGUUCCAGUGGAACCCAGCAAACUCCAGGCCAGUUUCUCCUCUUGCCGGGAGCUUGUUAAACUGCAAGCACAAGCAGACCCCAGCUCAGGCCACCAGGCAGGACCCCUCUUUUUCCCGGCCCACCUGGAGACGUCUACUCCCAAAGGCCUCCAGAAUCAGAAGGGGCCUCUGCCACAUUCUCAGGUCUUACGGUCAGGUUUUUUCCUAAAAUCUAACGGCCAACAGUCUUGCUGCAGUGGCAGCCCAUUUCCUCAAAUUUUGUCCUCAGUGAAGAGGGAGAACCGCUGCUAGUCAACCUCCAAAGAAUAAAUCCCUUCAGAGACUCCAGGCUUGUGUGUGGUUGUCCUCCCUAGACUUCUCUGAGAGAGCCACCUAUGCGUUCUCUGUGGCGAUGGCGAGAUGACAGAAAGUGUGGAUCAGCCAGCAACCUGCUUUUGACCUCAGCCUGCCCUGUGAGCUGGGCCACAGGUCCCUGAAGAGGCCACAGAAGCUCAGCCACUGUCCUCUCCUGAUAUCGGAAGUCUCAGGGGGAAUGAGCAGCCUGACUUUGGCCUUGGGAAGGGACAGAUCCCACAUUCCACUCCUUACCCAGAAGCCUUCGGGGGAAAUGGAAGGAUGGGAGAUCCUCUCCCGCCAGGCCUGUCGCCUCUCCUCACCCGACACAGGCACACCUUUCAUAAAUAGCCAGACCUGCUCACGUGAGGGGCUGUGCACUGAGAGGAAGUUACUCUAACAUGGCUGAAGAGAGAAAACUCUUGAGAAAAUCAUCUGCCACCAGGAUCCCCCUAGCCCUGGAGACCCUGAAAGGUGGAGAGGACUCUGCUCACAGCUGGGUGGGAAAGAAAAGGAAGUGCUCCUUGAGCCCAUGCUAGCACCAGCGACACCGCCCUGAAGUAAGACUCAGACGCCAGGUGCGGCGGCCCUUCAGGAGUUGUGUGUGGAGAGAAGGGUGGCCUGGAUCCCUGCAAAGCCACGGGACAGACCUUGAAUUCCAUUGCCUGGAAGCUCAAAAGGUGAAAACUUCACCCUUCACCUAUCCUGCCCCCAAAGGGAUAACCAGCCCUCAGAUUUCACUGAGGGAGAAAUGUACAGGCCUGCUGGGGAGAGGAAAAUGCAGGUCACUUAUGGUUGUGGGGCAAGCCUGGUUAACAUCCUCCUAGACCCCACCCACCCAAGUGCCAGGAGAGUGCCACUGAGAGGGAAGAGCCUGGCUGCGAAUCUCCAGUGACAGAAAUGUCAGCAAAGGGCACGUCCCUUUAAGGCAAGGAGGAGAUCAGUCCUCCUGGUCUAAGCUGAUUUGUCUCCUCGAAGGUGGCAGCAGAAACUAAGAUGUAGAGGCAAACCCCUGCGACAGGAGAAGCAGGUUCCCUCAGAUACAAGUCUGAGAAUCUGCGCCCAGAAGGGUGCUGGGGAGCAGCAUUGGGGCUCAGGGGGGAGUGGUCAGUAGAGUGAGGACUGGGGUGUAGCAUACGUAGUAGGGUGCUCGCAUGUGGGGGUCGGGUGCAGGCUGAAUCUUGCUCUGGUACUGAAUGGAUGUGGUGGGCAUGACCAGUGGGGCCCCAGCUUCUGCGAGGGAAAGGGGCAGGCAGAGACCUCUGGGUGUGGCCUCUGUUCUCUUGCCCACCUCCCCAAAAUCCUUUAGGCAGCUGCCUCCCUACGAGCCAGCUAUAUCUUGGGAGGGACAGGCAAGGAGCAGCGUUCAGAGCUCCUCUGACCAGGUCAGGCAAAGGCCCAGAGGUCGAGGCACCUGGCCACCAGGACCAAGCGUGGAAGGUAUAACACAAUCGAAACCUCGUCCUACUCCACACCAGCCCAGAGCCCGCCCAGGUGAAGGAGCCUGACAGCCAGGGAUGAGGAGUCACUGGUGAAACAGAGGGGAGGGAAGAAAAGGAGCUUAGCUUAGGGUGACACUUGAAACUGCUGCGGCUAUGGUCAGUUGGGAAGUCGGAAGAACUGGGCAUAAAUCCUGAAGGGGGGUGGGCUUGAAACCAUCACAACCAAGAGCUGGGGUUCCAUGACCCCUGCCCUGAGGUGAACACUCCCAGACUCCUUUGCCCCGUAAGGCCCGCUCACCUGACUUGUCCCCAUGGUGUGAAAAGGCCCCACUUGUGAGUGUUGUGUGUCGAUAAUAGUGUUGUGUCACUGGUGGUCAUGUUGAUUAGUUGAGAAUAAAGGGAAUAAGAUUU